UAGUGUGAGUGACAUUAACUUAGAACCGGUGGUCGUUCUGCGCUGCGUUUGUGCAAAGAAGAUGGUAAAUAAACUGCCACCUUGUUCGGACGUUGAGGUUUGAGUUAUUGUCAUGGCUAACUUGUGAUGGUUAGCGCAUCGCUGUUUCAAAUUGUGAAAUAGCCGACAGAGCUGCUAGAGGGCAAAAUAUUAUGGCAACGGUAGGUCUACUCUAUAACUGACCUCAGAAAUCUUGCGGCAAAAACAAUCCGGCGCGGGAGAGAUAAUUAGAUAAAGUGAUCCUAAUGCACCGAUAUCCAGCGAUUAAUUUUAUUUAUGCUUGUGGAAUGGAAAAUUAGACCGAUGGUCUCCGGACUGUACUGUGCGUCCUCUCGCCUCUGCGGACCCUCCUCUGCCAUUGCCGCUACAUAAAUCAGACGCUGAAUAAACACAGCAAUAAUCAGUUAAGUAUGACUAUCCCGAAAGACAUCCCCGAGAAGUGGUUUCCCAUCGUUCUGCCACUGAAAAGGAAAAAACAAGAAGGACUCAAUGCGGAUAAAGAGAGAAGGGAAAGGACAGAGGAGGAGAGGAGGGUCCGAGCCAACGACAGGGAGUACAACGAGAAGUUCCAGUAUGCGAAUAACUGUAUUAUGACCUCCAAGUACAACAUCAUCACCUUCCUGCCAGUCAACCUGUUUGAGCAGUUCCAGGAAGUGGCCAACACUUACUUCCUCUUCCUGCUCAUACUGCAGUUGAUUCCUCAGAUCUCUUCUCUGUCCUGGUUCACCACCAUUGUGCCUUUAGUCCUGGUGCUGAGCAUCACUGCAGUGAAGGACGCCACAGACGACUAUUUUCGUCACAAGAGUGACAACCAGGUGAACAACCGCCAGUCUCAGGUCCUCAUCCAUGGCAUUCUUCAGAAGGAGAAGUGGAUGAACGUGCGAGUGGGUGACAUCAUCAAACUGGAGAACAACCAGUUUGUGGCAGCUGACCUGCUCCUGCUGUCCAGCAGUGAACCCCAUGGACUGUGUUACAUCGAGACCGCAGAGCUGGACGGGGAAACCAACAUGAAAGUGCGUCAGUCUUUGUCGGUCACCUCAGAGCUGGGGGACCCAAAUAACUUGGCCCAGUUUGAUGGUGAGGUGAUCUGCGAGCCGCCCAAUAACAAGCUUGACCGUUUCUGUGGCACGCUGUACUGGAGGGAGAGCAAAUACAGCCUGAGUAACCAGAACAUGCUGCUGCGUGGCUGUGUACUCAGGAACACGGAGAGCUGCUACGGCCUGGUCAUCUUCGCAGGUCCAGACACCAAGCUGAUGCAGAACAGCGGGCGCACAAAGUUCAAGAGGACCAGCAUAGACCGGCUGAUGAACACACUGGUGCUUUGGAUCUUUGGCUUCCUGGUGUGCAUGGGCGUGAUCCUGGCCAUUGGGAAUGCGGUAUGGGAGAAGGAGGUGGGCUCCCUGUUCCAGAGCUACCUGCCCUGGGACCCCCCAGUGGACAACUUCCUCUUCUCUGCCUUCCUGGCUUUCUGGUCUUACGUUAUCAUCCUCAACACCGUGGUGCCCAUCUCCCUUUAUGUCAGCGUGGAGGUCAUCCGGCUGGGACACAGCUAUUUCAUUAACUGGGACCGCCGCAUGUACUGCCAGCGCCGCAACACGCCGGCCGAGGCCCGCACCACCACCCUGAACGAGGAACUGGGCCAGGUCGAGUACAUCUUCUCCGACAAGACGGGCACCCUCACCCAGAACAUCAUGACCUUCAACAAGUGCUCCAUCAACGGGCACGCCUACGGGGAGGUGAUCGACACUCUGGGAGCACAGCCCAAGCGGGGUCAGCCCCUGGACUUCUCCUUUAACCCCCUGGCCGACCCCGACUUCUGCUUCUACGACCAAAGCCUGCUGGACUCCGUCAAACUGGGGGAGCCGCUGGUGCACCAGUUCUUCCGCCUGCUGUCCCUCUGCCACACCGUCAUGAGCGAGGAGAAGAGCGAGGGAGAGCUGGUGUACAAGGCCCAGUCCCCCGACGAGGGCGCCCUGGUCACCGCAGCCCGAAACUUCGGCUUCGUUUUCCGCUCCCGCACCCCCAGCACGGUGACGGUGCAGGAGCUGGGACGUCCCGUCACCUACACCCUGCUCGCCAUCCUGGACUUCAACAAUAUCCGCAAGAGGAUGUCUGUCAUUGUUCGGAACCCUGAGGGAAAGAUCCGGCUGUACUGUAAGGGUGCCGACACCCUGCUGUUCGAGAGGCUGCACCCUUGUAACCAAGACCUGAUGAACGUCACCUCAGACCACCUGAAUGAGUAUGCUGGUGACGGCCUGCGGACCCUGGCUCUGGCCUACAGGGACCUGUCCGAGCAGCAGUGGGAGGACUGGGCCGAGCUGCUACGCAGCGCAGAGAGAGCCACAGACUUCAGGGAGGACAGGCUGGCCGCCGUGUAUGAGGAGAUCGAGCAGGACAUGAUGCUGCUAGGAGCCACAGCUAUAGAGGACAAGCUGCAGGAGGGAGUCCCUGAGACCAUCGCUAUCCUGUCACUCGCCAACAUAAAGAUCUGGGUUCUGACUGGAGACAAGCAGGAGACGGCAGUGAACAUUGGUUACUCAUGCAAGAUGCUGACGGAUGACAUGACCGAGGUGUUUCACAUCAGCGGGCACACAGUACAGAGUGUACGGGAGGACCUGAGGAGGGCGAGGGAGCGAAUGAUGGAGUCGGCCCGGUCCCGGGACGGGGGGAAGGAGGAGGGAAUGGAGGGAUGGGGGGAGGGCUGCUCGCUGGGGAACGGCUUCGGCGUCGGGGGAGUCGGAGGGGGAGCGGACUGGCAGCCACAGCGGGAGGAGAAGCAGCAGGGGUCCGUCCCGCCGCCUGGCCCGCCCUCCACCCUCCUCGACUCCAUCGCCGGAGAGUACGCCCUGGUCAUCAGCGGACACAGCCUGGCACAUGCACUGGAAGCAGAUAUGGAGCAGGAGUUCCUGGACACGGCAUGCGCCUGCAAGGCAGUCAUCUGCUGCCGGGUCACACCCCUGCAGAAGGCCUUGGUGGUGGAGCUGGUGAAGAAGCACAAGAAGGCGGUCACGCUGGCCAUCGGCGACGGAGCCAACGACGUCAGCAUGAUCAAGAGUGCCCACAUUGGAGUGGGUAUCAGUGGGCAGGAGGGCAUCCAGGCCGUGCUGGCGUCGGACUACUCCUUCUCCCAGUUCCGCUUCCUGCAGCGCCUCCUGCUGGUGCACGGCCGCUGGUCCUACCUGCGCAUGUGCCGCUUCCUCUGCUACUUCUUCUACAAGAACUUUGCCUUCACCAUGGUGCACUUCUGGUUCGGCUUCUUCUGCGGCUUCUCAGCCCAGACGGUGUAUGACCAGUACUUCAUCACCCUCUACAACAUCGUGUACACAUCUCUCCCUGUGCUGGCCAUGGGGAUUUUUGACCAGGACGUGCCAGAACAGCGCAGCCUGGAGUACCCCAAACUGUACGAGCCGGGGCAGCUGAACCUGCUCUUCAACAAGCGGGAGUUCUUCAUCUGCAUCGCGCAGGGCAUCUACACCUCCGUGGUGCUCUUCUUCGUGCCCUACGGGGUGCUGUCCCAGGCCUCCCGCAACGACGGCAUCCCCCUCGCGGACUACCAGACCUUCGCCGUUACCGUGGCCACCUCCCUGGUCAUCGUGGUCAGUGUGCAGAUCGCCCUGGACACAGGCUACUGGACAGCCAUUAACCAUUUCUUUGUGUGGGGCUCUCUGGGAGCCUACUUCACCAUCUUGUUUGCUAUGCACAGCAACAUCCUCUUCAGCAUCUUCCCCAACCAGUUCUGCUUUGCGGGCAGUGCCCAGAACACCCUGGGUCAGCCGGUGGUGUGGCUGACCAUCGCUCUGGCCACAGUGGUCUGUAUCGUGCCUGUCCUGGCCUUCCGCUUUCUCAAACUGGACCUCAAACCCCAGCUCUCCGAUACGGUCCGGUACACCCAGCUCGUGCGUCAGAAGAAACGGAAGCCAGGCGGGCGCGGCGGGCGCGGCGCCAGCGGGGGCGUGGGCGGCCUGGGAGGCGGGGCCCUGGGCCGGCUGGGACGGGCCGGCUCCCGGCGCUCCGGCUACGCCUUCGCCCACCAGGAGGGCUUCGGGGAGCUCAUCACCUCAGGGAAGAACAUGCGCCUCAGCUCCCUGGCGCUCGCCACCUUCGCUUCCCGCCACAGCGCCAGCUGGAUCGACACGCUGCGUAAGAAGAAGCAGCAGGCCGCCCAGCCCGGGGGCGAGAGCAGCCCGGCCGCGGCCCCCGCCGCGCCCCUCUCCACCUCCUCCUCCCUGCUGGGGCCCCAGGAAGCCACGGCGGAAGAGGCCGCUCACACCCCCCUGGGCCCCGCCUGCAGCAAUGCUGUCACCCCCACUCUGGCCAGAAGCCCUGGAGGAGACUCAAUCGGAGGCUGGGCUGUCAAUCUGGGGGCUGUACAGGAGGCUCUGUUUGGGUGGCGGGGGGUGGGAGCACGCAUCAGCGGGGCCAGCAGCCCGGGACCCCCGCCUAUCGCGGAGGAGAGCUCUCUCACCGAGUGAGGAAGAGACGGGACGACAGAGCCGUCAGACCGCGCUGGAUAAACCGCAAUCGCUGUGCCCCCUGGAGAUAAGCUGGACUGGGAUUCUCCCAGUCCGUCUCUGGGAGCGAGAACCCUGAGAAUCUGCAAUUUCAGGCAGAGGCCACACACCCGGGCACCUUUCGUUCCCUAAGUACUGCUGCAUCCCAGAGACUCACCACAGUGACUGUUGCAAAGGUGUCUCACAUCCUAAAUUCACUGCUCUGUUCCCGUGAGGGGAGACACCAAGGAAUACACUCUUUCAUUUAAUGUUCUUAGAAAAGAAGAAAUGCUCUUCAAAGCAGAUCAGUUUCCACACAGACAAAGGCUGAUUUUUCGUGUGUUCAGAGAAUACUCAUCUGAGAUAGGACUGUCAUGCACAGAAAAAAAUUACAACAAAGCAAUAUAACUGUGAUAGCAAUUUGAUCACAAUUUGAUUGUA